AGUAUUCCUUCAACUUCGUAGCCGUUCGGCAAUCAUCAUCUCAUCACCAUCAGCUGCAGAAGAAUGCUUAAGCAAGAACGACAUCAUCUUCGCCAACCACCCUCGAUUGAUGAUUGGCAAACACAUGAGUGACAACUGCGAAAGCCUCGUCUGGUCUCCCUACGGCCAUAACUGGAGAAACCUUAGACGAAUUGCGUCCAUCGAAAUAUUAUCAAAUUCCCGCCUCCAAAUGCUAUCGAGCAGACGCAUCGACGAAGUUAGAUUACUGAUGCGUAAUCUCUUAGGUAUUCAAGACAAGCCCGUUAAUUUAAGAACAGUGCUUUUGGAGUUAACGCUCAAUGUGAUGAUGAGGAUGAUAGCUCGAAAGCGAUACUAUGGCGAGAACGUAGCGGAUGCGGAAGAGGCGAGUAGAUUUCGAGUGCAUCGAGCUAAGAUGAGGAAGGUGAUUUCCGUAACUAGUAACGGGGAUUUCUUGCCCUGGCUUAAAUCCAAAAGGCUAGAACAGAGGAUGAUUGAGUGUCAGCAAAACAAAGAGGAUUUCUUCUAGAAAUUGAUAGAUCAGAGUAGAAGAAGAACGAUGGACCAACAAAACGGAGAGAGGAAGAAGACAAUGGUUGAGGUAUUGUUGUCACAACAAGAAUCGGAACCAGAGUGUUACACCGACGAUAUGAUUGCAAGCUUAAUGCUUGUAAGAUCUCUGUUUUUGUGCUUCCCCUGUUUUAUACUCCUAAGUACAUUAAAUGUUCUUGUAAUAAUGUAAGACUUUCUCCUUGGGUCUUUUGUCUACAGGAACAGAAACUUCAAUAAACACCAUGGAAUGGA